AUGAAGGCUCAAGGUUAUGGACCGGGGAGACUUCCAGACCUCAAGGUUCAACGAACUCAAAGCUCGAACAACAGAGAAACAGUGGACAGUGGCACUCUCCGACAUAGCCGACUACGAGAAUCGAAGCCGUUGCUGAGUUUAGACUACGUAUCGGACAGUCCACACAAUGAAGGCCUUAAUCAGGAGAGAAUUCAUGUCAAGGACAACAAUGGCUUAAUCAGAAGAGAAUUUCAGACCUCAAGAUGCAACGAACUCAAAGCUCGAACAAAGGAGAAAUAG